ACUAGAAAGAGAGGAGAACGAUAUAGGAAGAAAAGAGUGGGAGAAAAGGAGAAGGGGAGGAGAGAGAGACGGGAGGACAACGAGGAGAAAAAGAGAUUGCAAGUCAGAGGGAGUGUAGGAAAACGAUAGAGCUAGAGCGUGUCAGAAGUGUGUUGGAGUGAGUGAUAAAAAGUGCAAGAGCGCAAGACAAUAUGUGAUAGAGAGGGAGAGGGAGGGAGAGACAGAGAUGCGGCGAAAAGGGGAGUGAGGCGAAAUUGAAUUGUAAAUAGAGGGACCUUCUCUCCUCCUCCUUCCCUCCCUCUUUUAUCAAUCUCCUCUGAAACCACGCCUCCCUCCUUUCACUUGGGUGUGCAUCUAUAACAGUGGGCGGCUGUGUGGGGGAUAGACUCUCAGACUUCAGCAGAGCGGACAGUAGGGCACAGGACAGGAGUGUGUCCAAGACUGGUCAGAGCAGGUGUAUGCCUGUGUGUGAGCUGACGGACGGAGCUCUGUGUGCGUCCUGUGUGUGUCGCCUCACCCGCUCCACCCAGGGACAUCGCUUCUGAGGAGCACAGCUGGGAGACCGUGGUCUCUGAACACUGCGAGAGAACAUUUGAGAAGCAUUGUUUGGAAAGGAAGUGAGGGAGUACGGCAGCAGAGUGGCCCCUGCUUCAGUGAGAAGGAGGUGAAGACAAGGUAGAGCCAUGGGAGGACGGGGCCUCCUUCUCCUCCUCCUCCUGGGGGUGGUCUCCCCGGCACAGGGCUCGUCCUUCCUCUCCGGCCAGCGCCACCGGACACGUCUGCAGAGGGAUCGCCAAGCCCGCAACAAUGUCCGACCCAACAUCAUCCUCAUCCUCACUGACGACCAGGACAUCGAACUGGGCUCAAUGCAAGCCAUGAAUAAGACAAGGCGUAUCAUGGAGCAGGGAGGUACCCAUUUCUCUAACGCCUUCUCCACUACUCCCAUGUGCUGCCCAUCGCGCUCCUCUAUUCUGACAGGGAAGUACGUUCACAACCACCACACCUUCACCAACAACGAGAACUGCUCCUCACCGUCCUGGCAGGCCCACCAUGAGCCUCACACCUUCGCUGUGCACCUUAACAACUCAGGCUACAGGACGGCCUUCUUUGGGAAGUACCUGAAUGAGUACAACGGCUCGUAUGUGCCCCCUGGCUGGAGGGAGUGGGUAGCGCUGGUGAAGAACUCUCGCUUCUACAACUACACUCUGUGCAGGAACGGUGCGCGGGAGAAGCAUGGCAGCAACUAUCCAAAGGACUAUCUCACAGACAUCAUCACCAAUGACAGCCUCAACUACUUCCGCUCCUCUAAGAGGAUGUACCCCCACCGACCAGUGAUGAUGGUCCUGAGCCACGCUGCCCCACAUGGGCCAGAGGACUCAGCACCGCAGUACAGCACUGCCUUCCCCAACGCCUCGCAGCACAUAACCCCGAGCUAUAACUAUGCUCCUAACCCAGACAAGCACUGGAUCCUGCGCUACACAGGCCCCAUGAAACCCGUCCACAUGCAGUUCACCAACAUGCUGCAGCGCCGGAGGAUGCAGACCCUGCUGUCUGUGGACGACUGUGUGGACAAGGUGUACAACAUGCUGGUGGAGACAGGUGAGUUGGACAACACCUACAUUGUUUACACAUCAGACCACGGCUACCACAUUGGCCAGUACGGCCUGGUCAAGGGCAAGUCCAUGCCCUACGAGUUUGACAUCCGGGUGCCCUUCUACAUACGAGGCCCCAAUGUGGAGGCAGGAGCCAUUAACCCUCAUGUGGUGCUGAACGUUGACCUGGCUCCCACACUGUUGGACAUGGCCGGUGCCGAUGUUCCCUCUGAUAUGGACGGCAAGUCCAUCCUCAAACUCCUGGACACAGACAAACCUGUCAACAGGUUCCAGGUGAACAAGAAGGGGAAGAUGUGGAGGGACUCCUUCCUGGUAGAGCGAGGGAAACUGAUCCACAAGAAGGCUGAUGGGAAGGAGGUGGCCCAGGAGGAGAAUUUCCUCCCCAAGUACCAGCGGGUCAAAGACCUGUGUCAGAGGGCAGAGUACCAGAGCUCCUGUGAACAGCCAGGGCAGAAGUGGCAGUGUCUGGAGGACCCGUCUGGUAAGUUGAGGCUGUAUAAGUGUAAGGGCAUGGCCAGUCUCUAUGCCCCACGUAUGCAGGCUCUGAUGGCCAGCAGCGGGUCCCAGCAGUGGGUUGGACACGUCUCCAAUGCUGGAGACAGCUGUGACUGUGGCCCCCUAGGCCUCAAAAUUACACCCCUGAAGAGGAAGAGGCUGCUUACCAAGAAAAAGGUAAAGUCCACUAAGAGUCUGACUAGGAACCGUUGGGCCCGGUCCAUUCCGUUUGAGCUGGAUGGAGACCUUUAUGCUGUGGACCUGGAAGAGGGCUACAGGCCCGUGGGCCUCCGGAAUACCAGCAGGUCUGGGGAGAGGAGGAGAGGAGCGGUCCUGCAGGAGGACGACGAUGAGGAGUUCAGUGGAAUGGGAGUUACAGCCAGACCUACAACCAGCAACAGCCUUACACCACCUGCCGCUCUUAAAGUCACCUACAGGUGCUCCAUCCUGAUGAAUGACACAGUCAGGUGUGAUGGAGGACUCUACAAAUCCCUCCAGGCCUGGAAAGACCAUAAGCUCCACAUCGAGCACGAGAUUGAAACCCUACAGACGAAAAUAAAGAACUUGCGUGAGGUCAAAGGUCACCUGAAGAAGGUUCGGCCUGAAGAGUGCCAGUGUAACACCCCCAAUUACCUGUCCAAGAACAAAGGGAUGUUCAGACUCGAUGCAGGCCGCAUUCACUCACUAAACAAAAUGCCCUCUAAGCAGAAGAAGCAGUGGCUGAUGAAGGAGCAGAAACGUAGGAAGAAACUCCGUAAACUGCUCAAGAGGCUCCGCAACAACGACACCUGCAGCAUGCCUGGUCUCACCUGUUUCACCCAUGACAACCAGCACUGGCAGACUGCCCCCUUCUGGACAAUGGGUCCAUUCUGUGCUUGUACCAGCGCCAACAACAACACUUACUGGUGCCUCAGGACCAUCAACGACACACACAACUUCAUAUUCUGCGAGUUCGCCACAGGUUUCAUAGAGUAUUUCGAUCUGAACACUGACCCAUACCAGUUGAUAAAUGGGGUUAGCACCCUGGACCGCACUGCCCUCAACCAGAUGCACCAGCAACUUAUGGAACUGCGGAGCUGCAAAGGCCACAAGCAAUGCAAUCCAGAGACAGGUGGUAAAGACAGAAACUCUUUAAGUGAAUACAGGCCGGUUCAUCGUCGAAAGAGGCCAAAAGUGAAGAAGCCCUCUUCCAAAUCCCUAGGGCAGAUUUGGGAAGGAUGGGUUGGUUAACAACCUGUGUCCCACAACCCACCACAUUGCAGUCUGCCAAUAAAGGAGGACCAGAACUACUGGUGAACCUGAGGACUUUAUACAGACUUCAUGGGAAUGUAAUCUGAUCUACCAUUAUUGUGGGAGUUUAUGGAUGACGAUGCUGAUCCUACAUUAGCUGCCACUGAUGCUCAGAUCAUCACCCAGCAAAGCAAAUACUGAAACAUCCAAGAAAAUGAAAACUAUAACCUCUCCUGUCUUCU